AUUCUUUGUUUUCUUUUUUUUGGGCGGGGGGGGAUUGGGGACAGAGUCUCACUCUUGCCCAGGCUGGAGUGCAGUGGUGCCAUCUUUGCUCACGACAACCUCUGCCUCCCAGGCCCAAGCUAUUCUGCCUCAGCCUCCCAAGUAGCUGGGAUUACAGGCAUGUGCCACCACGCCCAGCUAAUUUUUGUAGAGAUGGGGGUUUCACCAUGUUAGCCAGGCUAGUCUCGAACUCCUGAUCUUGUGCUGGGGUUACAGGCAUGAGCCACCGCUCCUGGGCCGAUUCCGUGUUUUCAUACUGUCAUCAACUUUAAAUACAAGUAUUUUCAGUUUUUGCCAAUGCUGUUAAUUUAGAAAUGUGUAUGUGUAUAUUGUCUGGUGGGUGUUUGGACGGAAACGAUCAAAAUCGGGCAACUUUCCCAGUUUCCUUGAAGGGAGGGCUUGCCAUUGGCGCCUCCUGGAAGUAGCUCGCUGUAGUUCUCCAUCUUCCUGUUUUGAGGAGCGCAGGAGGAGAUGGAUCUGGGGUCUCAUCCAUACGGUGGCUUGUUAACGGCAACUGCAGCAGCCAGCCAGGUCACCCCCUAAAGCAAAGUUAACACCUUGCAUGGUGCCUUGGUCAGCACCCACCAAAUUCGAGGAUUCUCCUAUCCUUCGACUCAAGGCUCUUUUGACAGAUGUGAUUUAUUUCCUCCGAGAGCCAAUCACAUUGGCUCAACCACCCUAUCUUAAGAAAACAAAUACAAUAUUGUUUUAGCUGGAAACUGCCCUCUGUCUAAGUGGCUUUUUAAAUGAAGAACUCAGGUUCACUAAGGCACGGCUUAGGCAAGGGCAUGUGCGAAGUUCGAGGCCUGAGACGUUUGGAGAAGCGGCCCCAGGCGCAGGCGCGUCCCGCAGUGGGGCCCGUGCCGCCCAGGCGAUCAGCCCCUUCAGUUAACUCGCUUCCCUCCUAGCAGGCCCGAGUCCCCUCGCCUCAGCCUCACGCAGCCAGAGCAAGGGGAAGAGGGAGUCCUUCGUGAGUUCGCCGCUCACUUUCGGCGGUGGGAAACCGAUCCGAAAACCCUUUUGUAGGUGAAACGCUCAGCUCGCGCGGCUCUGAACCACUGGGGAGCAGCGGCGGCUGCGAGCCGGACUGCGCCAGCACCUCCUCGUCCCGCCCCGGGGCGGCUCAGGGCCGCCUGCGCGUGCGCGUGCGCGGUGCCAGGGGCGGGGCCUGCUCGCGUCUCGGUUGCCUGGAUACCGAGAGCGUCCGUAGUGGCCGCUGGCGCUGGCGAACUGCAGGGUCUGGGGUGUUAUUGGAGGGGCAGUUGGUCCUCAUUUCUCCCGAAGCCCGCGGAGGAGCGGCGCGCCGCGAUUCCCCAGCCUGGUCCCUUCUGCGGAGAGCGAUGCCGCUUCCCGACACCAUGUUCUGCGCUCAGCAGAUCCACAUUCCCCCGGAGCUGCCGGACAUCCUGAAGCAGUUCACCAAGGCUGCCAUCCGCACCCAGCCGGCCGACGUGCUGCAGUGGUCCGCGGGAUAUUUUUCAGCUUUGUCAAGAGGAGAUCCACUUCCUGUAAAGGACAGAAUGGAAAUGCCCACGGCAACCCAGAAAACAGACACAGGCCUGACUCCAGGACUCCUGAAAAUUUUGCACAAGCAGUGUCACCACAAGCAGUAUGUGGAAUUAACAGAUCUGGAGCAGAAGUGGAAGAACUUGUGCCUGCCGAAGGAAAAAUUCAAAGCGCUCUUACAACUGGAUCCUUGUGAAAACAGAAUCAAGUGGAUAAACUUUUUAGCACUUGGGUGCAGCAUGCUUGGUGGGUCCUUGAACACUGCGCUGAAGCACCUGUGUGAGAUCCUCACGGACGAUCCGGAGGGCGGGCCCGCUCGCAUCCCCUUCAAGACGUUUUCCUACGUCUACCGCUACUUGGCCAAAUUAGACUCAGACGUGUCUUCCUCGGAGACGGAAUCCUACCUUGCCUCUCUAAAGGAAAAUAUAGACACCAGGAGGAACGGCAUGAUAGGACUUUCAGAUUUCUUCUUUCCAAAGAGGAAUCUUUUAGAAAACCGUGAAAAUUCUGAAAAUGUAGGCCAUUAAUACAGAGAAGAAUACAUUUUAGUGUCAAAAUCGUGCUCUUUAAAAUUCUGGCACCAAAUACAACUUAUCCUGAAUCACA